UUUUUUGGUCAAACUUAAUAGUAAAAGAUAAAAGUACCAGAAACAUUUAUUUUCUUUUUUAGGAAAAAAUAAUUUUCUCUAACUUAAUCAUUCCACGUUGGUUCCAGACAAUCCAGUCUUGAGAUCAAUCAUUGAGCAAAUCAUUACAAGCGUUUUUCCAAUAACCCCUCUUUGAUUAUCUGUUAAGACUCAUCAAUCAAUUCUCCCAAAAUCCUCCAUUCCAAAUUUGAUAUUCCAACAAAUGGAAAUUGAAGCAAAUUCAACAGAGCAUUUUAAGCUAUGUAGCCAAUUGGAAUUACAGGAAUUUGCAGAUAAAUUUGUUAUUCGAUCAUUGGAAUCUCCCACUGAUGGCUUUUCCAUUAGCCGCUUUGAUGGCAACAUCGAGAAACUCAACGGUGAUAUGAGCUUUGGAAAUCCUUCAAAAGUCUCUACAAUAUAUGGAGUUGCUGGAACAAUUAGGUUGUUGGCAGGAUCACAUAUAUUGUUAAUAACUUCCCGCAAAGAAGUGGGAAACUAUCUUGGUUUUCCUGUUUUUCGUGUGAUGUCCAUGAAGUUUCUUUCCUGCAACGAGGCCUCAAGGCAUCUAACACGGCAAGAACAGAAAAAAGAUGAAGCUUACUUCAUGAAUUUAUUGAGCAUGGUGGAAUCAACUCCAGGCUUGUAUUAUUCCUAUGAAACAGAUAUAACAGUGAACUUGCAGAGAAGACACAAUUUGGCAAAAGGGUGGAUGAGUAAACCAGUUUGGAAACAGGCUGACCCACGGUUUGUUUGGAACAAAAAUCUGUUGGAGGACCUGAUUGAAAACAAGCUUGAUGGCUUCAUUGUUCCUCUGUUGCAAGGAAGCUUUCAGACAGGACAUCUUAAACUCAAAGGGUCACCAGCUACCAUAGCAUUGAUUUCAAGAAGAUGCACACGACGCUUGGGAACACGGAUGUGGAGAAGAGGGGCUAAUCUAGAAGGCGAUACUGCUAAUUUUAUUGAAACUGAGCAGUUGCUGGAGUUUGAAGGUUUCAGGUCUUCUUUUCUGCAAAUUCGAGGUUCAAUUCCACUCUUGUGGGAGCAAAUUGUUGAUUUGAGCUAUAAACCACGGCUUAAUAUUAUCGACCAUGAGGAAACACCAAAAGUUGUGGAGCGCCAUUUUCAUGAUCUGUCGCAAAGAUACGGGGAUGUCAUUGCAGUUGACCUGACAAACAAGCAAGGAGAUGAGGGUCUAUUAAAUGCAGCUUAUGCAACACAAAUCCAAAAGCUGUCAAGUGUGAGAUAUGUGUCGUUUGACUUUCAUCAGUGUUGUGGGGGCUCAAACUUCGACAGCAUACAACUUCUAUAUGAUGAGAUCUCGGAGGAUUUUGAAAAGAAAGGAUACUUUCUCAUAGACACAGAAGAGAAGAUUCUAUUAGAGCAGAGAGGAGUUAUUAGAUGCAACUGCAUUGACUGCCUAGAUCGAACAAAUGUUACUCAGAGCUAUCUGGCUCGGAAGUCUUUGGAUUCUCAACUGCAAAGAGUUGGCGCGCUUUCUUCAAAUGAGUGCAUAUCUAUGUUCCCUGAAGAUUUUGAAAUCUUUAAGACUAUGUGGGUGGAGCAAGGUGAUGAAAUCAGCCUGGAAUAUUCUGGAACACAUGCUCUAAAACGUGACCUUGUCAAAUAUGGAAAACAGACUAUGACAGGACUUAUUCAAGAUGGGAUGAGUGCAAUUUCAAGAUACUUCUUGAACAAUUUUCAGGAUGGACUUCGUCAGGAUGCGGUGGACCUUAUAAGUGGUCGCUAUAGUGUUAACAGGGGCAGCCCCUCUCCAGUCCAGAAUAAUGGAUUCGAAUCACUCAGUUAUCUGCCAGUAGCAUCAGCUCUUUUAAUUGGAGGAUUGACCGUGACCACCAUCACGAUAAACCAAGCGGGACGAAAUACAAAUACCUUUUUGUCUUCUGCACUCUGUGCUGGUGUAACUGCUGGAGUUAUGGCAAUUGUCAAAUCAAAUGGAAGGCAAAUCUGCUCAAGACCUCGAUUGUGUGGACUGCUGUAAGUUUGAGCAUCAUAUUAUAGUAGAUAUCCAGAACCAUGAGGCAUCUUUGCUUCGUGAACCUGACUGUUAUCGAAGCCCUGAAUGAAACCUUGCCAUCCAAGAAUUCAGCAACUUGCAGACACCGUUGUAAAUUAUAAUAAAACAUUGGAAAACCUCUUAGUAAAUGGGAAACAUGAGUGAUAAAAUAUAUUUAAUUGUAUCAAAUUUGCCUUAAGUCCAACUUGUUUGGGUCCGAGGUAUAAUUGUUGCUGUAUUGAAUUUGACUUAAACAGGGUUGUAAGUUCAUAUCCCAAUAAUGUUUACAUCCUGAUCGAGGGAUUGAUGGUUGUA